CAACAUUAUAGUUAGAGCCAGACACACGCUCUCAACUCUCAUUAUUGUUCUAUUUCAACGUUUAAACAACAAAGAUAUUCUGAAUUAUCAAAACAAUUUGGUCCUUUAUCUCGAGAAAAUAAAACCAGCCAUUCUUAAGAAAGGCAUAACAAAGGCAAGCCAGUAGUGAUGAUUGGAAGUGUCGAGAUGCCAUCGCACAAGUGGAUGUUCCUCAUUUUGUUUUUCUCAAUGUUGCCGACUGCCUGCUUGUCUCAGAAUGAUGUGAAGGCCAUUAAGAAUUCUAACGUUUAUAGUGCUGCAGGAAAUAUUUCUCAGAAUAACACCCACAACCACGAUCACCGCUUUAGGGGCAGCUCUGAGGCUUCCUCAGAAGAAGAUAUCAGUGUAAGUAUUUUUAAAGCUGAGAACGCAUCAGGCCAAAGUGUUGUCGAAGCUCAAAACGCAGUAAACCAGAGUGUCACCCAUGUUUUGAAUGUAACGAAUGAAAGUGCUCUUGAAAGAGGCCAAAUUGUUCUUCAAGCUGUGAACGAAGAAAACCAAAGUGCUCCCAGAGCUCUGAACAUAGCACAAGAAAGUGAUCCCCUAUAUAAAAGCUUAGCUGACACCCAAACUCCUACUGACAGUUACAAUGAUACCACAGACUUCGUAAUAGGGGUUAACGGGUGGAACUUCAUGGGGAUGUGGUCCAAAUUCGACCUGGCACUGCUGGAAGAGACUCAGCGACCCGUUCCUCUCGUACCCGAUGCUCCUGACCAAGGCGUUUUCAUCUGUCAGACAACGAGGCUCAGAGGUCUGCUGGAAAAGGAAUUCCCCUCAUUGAUGAACGCGUCCUUUCUCCUCACCUACUACGUCGCCUCGGCCAACAGGGACCUCAGCAUGAUUGGCGAGUUGAUGGGUGCUGAGAACCAGAAGGUUAGGCUCUUCAACUACUCCUUUCCCGAUGACCUGACAGAACACAAUGACACUUGGGUCACACAGACCUUUAAACUCCACAACUUCACCAGAGAUGCCAAGUUUAGGAUCAGGCUGUUGGUGGAAAGUGCCACAGUGGGCGUGUGGGCGGCCAGCAUGUUGCAGGUAUGGGGGAUUCUACCACGCACGCCCAUACCUGUUCUACUGACCACCCAGGCUCCAGAGAAUCUCACAACUCAGAUCACAGCGAACACCACAACAGCAGACCUUCAUAACACCACAGCGGAAAAUCCCCUCUUCAACGCAACAACGGUGGUGACCAAUGAAUCGGACAACGGCACUACAAUUGCUGGCAGCCUCGGUGCCAACAAGACCAUCACAGUGAAACCCAGUGUUGAUAAGGUUGCUGGUAAGUCUCUGGCACUCAUCUAG